AUGGGUAAACGAACUCGCAACCCCGAAGACAUAGGUGGUGAUAUCGAAAACAUUCCUAUCUCCCAAGAUCCCCCGUCCAAAAAACCACGCAAAGAGCGCGCAGAGUCUGACUCCCUGCCCAACGCCCAAGCCAAACGAACUCUCUUCGUGCGCUCCCUGCCUGCAAUAGCAACCAGUGACAAGCUCACCGAGCUCUUCUCCCAAGACUAUCCCCUCAAGCACGCCACCGUCGUCCUCGAUCCUGAAACCAAGCAAUCGAAAGGCUAUGGUUUUGUUACUCUGGCUGAUGCGGAGGAUGCGCAGCGGGCGCUGGAAGAGUUCAAUGGCAAGACUUUCAUGGGGCGGAAAAUGAAGAUUGAGAUUGCGCAGCCCAGAUCUAGGGAGAUGGCUGAUGGGAAAGGGUUGGAGGGUAAACGGAAAAGCACCAUUUCUGCGGAGGCGGCGAGGAUCAAGAAGGAGAGGCUGGAGCAAAUGGCCGAGGAGAAGAAGCCGCCGAAGCUGAUCAUAAGAAAUCUGCCUUGGAGUGUGAACACACCUGAGAAGCUGGCUGAGAUUUUCAAGAAGUUUGGGAAGGUCAAGUUUUCCGUGUUGCCGAAGAAGAAGGGAGACACGCAAGCUGGAUUUGGUUUUAUCACGAUGCGAGGAAAGAAGAAUGCUGAUAAGGCAUUGGCUGCUAUCAAUGGCACGUUGGUGGAUGGGCGGAUUCUGGCUGUGGAUUGGGCGGUUGAAAAGAGUGUUUGGGAGACGCAGCAAGGGGCAGCUAACGAAGGCGAGACCGUCGAGGAUGACGGUGGGUCUAAACAUAAGAAGCUUAAGAAGUCUGCUGAGAAGCCUCCCGAAGAUGAAGACAAAGAAGAGGACGACGUCGCCAAUUUCUUCAAGAAAUUCGGUGACAAUCUGGAAUCUGAGGAUGAGGACGACGACGGAGACGACAAUCACCAAGAGGAGAAAGAAGGCGAGGAAGAGGAAGAGACCUGGGAAGACAAUGAGUCUUCUGAAUCCGAAUCCGAGGUCGAAGUCCCAGUCGCCCGUACCAAAGUUCUCGUGACAGACAACUCUACCACUCUUUUCAUCCGCAACCUUCCCUUCACAGUCCGCGAUGCCGAACUCAAGGAACACUUUGAGCAAUUUGGGCCCGUCCGCUACGCUCGCGUAGUAAUGGACCGGGCAACCGAUCGUCCCCGCGGCACAGGCUUCGUCUGCUUCUACAACUUACACGAUGCCGACAUGUGCUUUCGCAAUGCCCCUAAACAUCAACCAACCGGCGCCAACGCCAUCACCAAGAUCAAACACUCUAUCCUUGAAAAUGACGCUGCCGAUACAAGCGGCAUGUACUCUCUCGACGGCCGUCUCAUCCUCGUCUCCAAAGCCGUGGAGAAAGAAACGGCCGUCAAGCUUACCGAAAACGGAGAGAACAUGCGCACACAGGCCGAAAAAGACAAACGCAAAUUGUACCUUCUCUCUGAAGGAACCGUCGCAAAAGGCACACCGCUCUACGACGCUCUCGCCCCUUCUGAAGUAACAAUGCGCGAAGACUCGGCUAAGCAACGAAAAAAGCUCAUCCAGAACAACCCCAUGCUGUCUCUGUCCCUGACUCGUCUCUCAAUCCGCAACUUGCCCAAGAACUAUACAUCUAAAGACCUCAAAACUCUCGCCCGCGAAGCCGUCAUUGGAUUUGCCAAGGAUGUUAAAGCUGGGCUUCGCCAACCUCUAUCGUCGGAAGAAAAAAACCGUGGUGGAAAGGAAAUGCGCGAGGCCGAGAAAGUCGGGAAAGCCAAAGGCAAAGGUGUUGUGCACCAGGCUAAAAUCGUGUUUGAGGGUCGUGAAGGCACGAAAGUUUCUGAAGGGUCCGGUGCAGGCAAGUCUCGCGGUUACGGUUUUGUUGAAUACUCAAGUCAUCGUUUGGCAUUGAUGGGCUUGAGAUGGAUGAACGGGUAUGCGGUCGAGAAUGAGAAUAAGGGAAAGAAGCAGCGCCUGGUUGUGGAGUUUGCGAUAGAGAAUGCGCAAGUUGUCCAGAGGCGGAAGGAGAAAGAGGAUAAAGCCCGCUUACGAAGCUUGGAGGUUGAGAAACUUCGCAAAGCCGGUGAAGCUCCGCCCAAGGAGAAGAAAACUUUGACACGGGGCGAGGUAAUGAAGAAGACGAGAGAGGGGAUGAAAGGCAAAGCUGGUAGACCAGGCAAGAAGGGCCCGUGGAAGGCAGGUGGGGAAGGGGAGAAGAAGACCUUCGAGAAGGUUGAUGUGGAGAAGCGUAAGAGGACCGUGUCUGAUGCGGGGGAAGCGAAGGGCAAAAAGGUGAAGAAGGGUAUCAAGGAGCCUGAAGUCAAGGCCUUCAAGGCGGGUUUCCCGCCUGGGGAAGAGGGCAGGUUACAGCGCAGGGCACAGAUCAUUCAAAAAAAGAGGCAGAUGCGGAAGAAGCGGAAGGGCGGCCAUUAG